UGCUGGCUGCAACGCUGCAUGUACUCUUGUGUUUCUGACAAUGAGCGGUGUUGGUGAUAAACUACUUUUUUAAUUAUUUGCUUGUCAACGGCAGUGGAGAAAGAUAUACAAUAUUAUUAAUGAAUGUACGGGAUAGUGUGUGCGAUAGGGGUGUUUUAUGUGGCGCUAAUAAACUGCAACUAUGUUUAAUGUACCGCCAAAAUUUUACGAGCUGUGUCGCCUUUGUUUAUCGUCGGACGGUGUAAAAUUAUCCAUUUUUGACGAAGAGGGCACGCAGCGUAACUUUGCUGACAAGAUACUUACGUGCCUAUCGAUAGCGGUGAAUGAUGGGGAUUCUCUACCACCAAUCAUAUGCCACCGCUGCGUAUACAAGCUUGAUGUACUCCAUAACUUCCGUGAGGUCUCUCGCAAAUCUGAUGUUAUUCUAAAACAGUAUCUGGAUUACGCCAUGCAACUGUCUAAUGGAGACCAGGAUAAAUCUUUCUCCACUGCCAAAGUAGCUGACUUAAGUCCACUGCAGUCAUUUCUGCAAUUAAAUAAAACUCUUUUCAACGAAAAGCCUAAUUCCCCAGCCAGUAUUCAAAACGUUUCACCAUCUGCGCAGACCCAUCACUUAGAAUUACGGGCUAAAGAAGAGCCAGAGCAAGAUGCUAUUAAAUGCGAACCAGAGGAUGAUACUUGUUCAAACAGUUCUGAUCCUGAAAGAUUGGAAAUUGAAGAUAGGGAGGAGCACGAAUCCGACGGUGAAGAAAAUGGCUAUGAUAUGACCGUUAGCAAGAGAAUUAAGCUAGACACAGGGUACGAAAGUUCUAAACAAAGUACACCCAAUCGAAGUCCUGUCAAUAGGAUGGACACACCAGAAAGCAAUUGCUCUGAUACGCACAUUGACCAAGAAACAACCAAACUCUGGCAAGCACUCGCCAAUAACAGGAGUUUGGAAAUAACAAGGACAAAUGGUGAUAAGUUAAACAAUGGAUUUAGCGGUGAAGCAACUAAUUUGUUGCGCUCUCUCAUCAACAACAGGCAGAUUGGUAUUACAGCUAUUGAUGCUGGCAGAAUAUCUCCUCAAAUUCGAUUCUACAGGGAUACCCAGGGUACAACAAUCGAACGAACAAUGCCUGAUUGCUCUGUGCUUGGGAAUCGUACCAAUUUGUCGUGCUUAGAUAACAAGAGUACUUCUAUGGAUAGUAAUCCAUCCAGUCCUGCAAGUGUAGGAAGGAAAGAGACAAAGGGUAGACGGAAACAAAGCUAUCCCAGUAAAGCCCCUGCCAGCCCUGAUGUUGUUAACUAUCAUCACGAGUCUAGCGAAGAGCAGGCUCAAGACUUCACGGCUUGGUCUAAUAAGAUGAAAGUAAAGAUGGGUGAACAAAAGCAGUUCGAUCAACACGGCGGUAAUGUUGCCAAAAAAGUUGACAUGUCUUGUACAAAUUGUGGUACCAUGACGACAACGAUUUGGCGGAGAAAUAUGAAAGGGGAAAUGGUGUGUAACGCUUGCGGAUUAUACUACAAACUUCACGGAGUCAAUCGUCCUGUCACCAUGCGAAGGGACACCAUACAUACACGCAGACGUAGGCCUAAAGGAGAAAAGCCUACCAGGCACAGAAAGAAAGGAGAUGGAAAUACAUCGCAGCCAGAGCCGAUGGAUCCCGAAAGUGCGGAUAUGCUGGCGGCUUUGCGCCGGCAGAUUCAGCCGCAUCUGAUGAUGGCUGCUCUAACGCCACCUCGUAUACCUGGAACUCAUGCUCCCCCACCUCCCGCCGCCCAGCUCAACUAUUCACUUCCCCUUCCUGGCUAUAUGAUGCAUCAUUUAAAAACCGAAGCACGAGAACAACAGCAAAGUGCUACGGAUGAUGCGGAAGAAGGGGAUGAGGAAAAUGUCUCGGAUGUACCGCUGAAUCUGGUGGCUACGUCGCUAUCGGUAGAUGCCCAGUGAGACUCGUCUCGUUCACAAAAAAGCGUAAAUAUAUAAAAUGUAACUAAGAAUCUCUGCAUAGACACGGAUAUCUGUCCGGUGACACACAGGGUGUUAGCGCGGCAUGCUCUCUACAAGAUAUCAAGUAAUAAGUUGAAUGAAAAAAAAAACAAAACAGGGAAUCUAACUACUACAGUAUUCCCAAAGCUUUUUGGCCCGAGGAACACGACGCAAAUAUGAUAUUAAUUCGCAGUAUUAAUGAGGUUAUACGAAAUGUACAUAUGAGGUAAUGAAGAAAAAGAAGAAGAAAAAAAAAUAUUUUUAUACAAAAUUUUCUAUGCUUGCAAGUGGUGAUAACGAUUGUACAUACAAAUUGUUUUUGAUGUUGUGAAGUUCUUACAUAGAUAGAAGAUAAAAAAGCCUGUUUUUAAUCAAUUAUAAAUUAGUCGUAAUCGGAAUUAAGUUGACGGUAAAAAUGUGGUGCUGGAAUUACUGUUCAAGAUUUCCAAAAAAAUGAAAAAAACGAUGAACAAAAAGUUAAAUGACAAAGAAAACACAAUGAUCAAGAGAUACCUUUGUGCUUGUUUCUGAUCAGUGAUUAGUGAUCACUUUCUUGGUUGCCUUAAGCUCACUAAUUGGGUCAUAAACUAGCUCUAAAUGCAUUGUUCCACGGGCCAUUAGCUUUCGACAACGUAAGCAAUCAUAAUACUCGACUAAGUUAUAUAAUUUUAAGCUUUUUGCGAAUGACCCAGUUAAACUUUACUAGUGAUCGAAAUUUUAUUUUUUAAUCGGCUUUAAAUGAACAAAACUUAUACUUUAGGACUGGAAAUCUACGAAGGUAACGACAAAAUUUGGUAGCGGGUAGUUACCUUUCGUAUUAAACGACGGUUAAUUGCUAAGACCUUAGUAUACUCACUAACUUAAAAUAACGUGUUUUAUAUUUUCGUGUAGGAAUGUGAUGCCAGUAUCGUCUUAAUUACUGUAUUUUAUCGGUUUUUCUUUCUUCCUUUUUUUUCAUUUUUUUUUUAGAAAAGGAAACAAUUCAUUUCGAUUAGAGUGAAAAUAAACAAUACGUGGACAAUUUACUUACGGGUUAGUAAUAAUUCUAGAGGUUGUAGAUUUUUUUCUGAUGGAUUUAAAUUUGUUAGACACUGUGAAGUAAUACUCUUAACGAUUAUGAGCCGUCAGAUAUGAGCAGUAUCAUUUUAACAAUUUAAAAAUAGGGAUAUAAACUAGUACUUAAAGAAACAAAGGUAUGAAAAAAGCGUCACCAAGUAAUCUGAUUAUACAAAGCAAUAACAGAUCUGAUUAGAAUAAUAUUUUUUUCCAUUGGUCAUAUCGCAGUAAUACUCGUCAACGUCGCAAUGACUCAAUUGUCUUAGCCCUCAAGUUGCAGGAAUUUCAGGAAAUACGUAGGUAACAUUCUCCACUUAAUGCCAGAUCUAAAAAAAUAAUCAACGCCACUGCUUUUAAGACACUACUGCCAAUUAAGAACGCGUUGUACGUACCACUUCCGAGUUAUGUGCAAAAACUUCCAGAUAUGUUUUGGUACCCUCCAGGGGAUGCUUCUCAUCAUUAAAUACUUUUCACACUUGACAAUUUUUUAAACAAUUUUCGAUGAGUCUUGUUCGUGUUCACAACUUAUGUAGAAUUCCUGAAUCAUUAACUGCAAUAGCAUCUCCUGCGGUCCAGUAUUAAUGAAUAAUUUCACUGUAAGUAUUUUCAUUUUAACAAAGCACUUGAGAGAUGCAAAAGCAAUCGUAAACAUAAAAUAAUUAUUCCAGAUUGUACAGAUAACAGAUGUUGAUAAACAAAGAUAAGCAGCCUUAAAUAGUGCAUAAUAUUGUGGCCAGUGCAUCUACUCGCGUAUUGUUAUACUUAAUAUUGUAUACCUAAAUAACUUUGCCAAAAAUAGAUUUAGUUUUGUAACAUAGAAUAUAGUUAAGGGCAUAAAAUUUUUAUAUAUUUCUUUUUCUCACGGCAUCAUUGUUCUUUGUUCGAUUAUUUUCCUCCCUGUUGAACGACUUUCUUUUCAAUUUUUCACUUUCUAAUGAUUUUCUUUUUGUUUUUCACCAAUUAAUCAUAUCGGAGGAAGUUUUUGACACUCUGGAAAAGUACAUUUUCUGGAAAUUUAGGUAUUGGCGGUAGUUGCCUAGUGGCUUAGCAUUACAUGAUAGUUGUUAUUCAAGAAGCCUUAUAAACACACGUGUAUAGACUAUAGAUAUAUAUUAUACAAAUAUAUGUUAUUCUAUAUUACUAUAUAAAUGAUAAUUAGCUAACCGGUAGGGACAGUAUAGGGUAGCCGCGUAAUUAAAAACAGACGAUUUAAGCAUGCAUUUGACGAGUAUGUUUACACUGUGAUUCGAAUUUCAAAUUUUACUACUUACUAAGUGAACAAUCUGUUUCAAAUGCCAAACGCGCGACUCUUUCAUUCAUAUUACGAGAAAAUUGUGUUAAGCAAUAGCUUCAUGAAUUAGCCUGGUAAUACGUAGGUUUGACACCACCAGUCGUGUUCGAUUUUUCACAUUGAACGUAUUGAUACAUACAAUUUUUUAAUACUAGUGGGAUAAAAUUUUGAACUUGAGAACACACGGUGAUUCGACUCGUCAGCAGGAUUAUUCAGAUCCGCGUCUUUUACAUACAUACACAUGGUCAAUUCAAACAUAUUCUUCCUGUAAAUUUGUAAAAUUUCAAACUUACUACAUUUCGAAAAAAACCAUUAUAAAUCACACGCACGUAAUGCAGCUAUAUUUAAAGUGGACAGUUUUUCGUUAGGCAUUUUUUAAACAUGUCUUAAAUAAGCAGGAUCAAUCCAAGAUAUAUUAAUUUCGUUAUUAUAACUAUAAAUUUAUUAUUAUUACUAUUACUAUUAUUAUUAUUAUCAUUAUUAUCAUUAUUAUUUUAUUACUAUUAAUAUCAUUAUUAUUAUCAUCGUCAUCAUGCGUAAGUAGUUUAGUUUUGAGCUCUCUACUAAUACUGUGAAGCUGAAGUUAUUUUUUAUAACUAUUGAUUGAAGCGAGUAUUGCUAUUUUAUUAAUUAUAUUAAUUAAUCAAUGGUUAACGAUAGAGUAUUCUAACAUUAUUAUUAGUAACGAGUCCGCUAUGGUUUUGACAGUUUGGUUCGGGUAGCCGAGGCUUCUUAUAGAUUUCUAUAUCAGUAUUCCACUCCUUUAAUUUUAGCGUUUAAGUUUUUGACACUACUUAAGGGGUCACCUACGAAUCAUUACUUAAAUAUUAAAUUAUUUAGUUUUUUACAUUUAUUUUUACAACCCUAAUUAUUAUUUAAGCAGUAAAUUAUGAAGUUUUAUUUGCACCAACGUUUGCGUAACAUUUGGCAGCGACUGGCUUAAUUUAUUUUAUUGUAUUUUAUACAACGGUUUUUUUUCAACAGUUGGUUCAUAUUUUUAGCUACUGCGUUAAUGAUCCUUGCAUACGUCUUCAUUACACCAUUUGCCACACGUUGCAGAAUAACUGAAGCCAAUGCUAUGAAUAGAAUAAUAAACUACAGGCCAAAAAAACAAAAAUUCUCCAUUUAAACGUAACACAGCUCAUCUUAUGAAUUUCCAUUAUUCGUAAUGUGAUGCGUUUGAGUACAUGUAUCAAUGACUCAUUUUAAAUCGUUUAUCAGAAAAAUCAGUCAGUAUCUUCAGCUGGUAUGCGAGAAUAGCAAAAAAACCUUACAACACGUUGCCUCGGAGUCAGCCAUAAAUAUAGAUUUUGGUUUUUACGCCUGUGCGUUUAUCGAAUCAUUUCUAUCCAACCCUUGCUAGGCUGUUUAGCAGCAGACACUGAUGAUAUAUGUCAUACGACGUAAACACUCACUGAAUCUUUUCUCAUACGAGUAUUAAUCUGAACUAAUUGACUGAGUAUUAUUUUUAUAUCGAACAUAAAUGAUUAACGACUAAUAAAACAUGAGACAAAGUUGAACAAAAUAAAAGUAUGAAUAGUAAUGAAAAAGUACACAAGAUAAAUAUAAUGAAAAAAUAGAUAGAAGAACAUGAUAUUGAUAACAUAGUAUUACAUGUUACUUCCGCAUGGCAAAGAAUCAAUACUGUUAGUGCCCUGGCAUAUUUUGUAUACAAACUGUGGUGUUGCGUGGCUCGAAUUGGCUAAAGACUAACUUACAAAGUGGAAAUACUAUAAUAUGCAUAAAAUUAUAUUUAAAGCAAGUUAGUUUUGUAUUUAAAACUGUAAUAAGUUAGUUUCGGGCUAAGGCCAGCAGCUGUUGAGAUUACUCAAGGUUGUGUGUAUCAUUAUAAGUAUUUUGAAUUGUUGAAUAGUAAUAAUGUAAGCAGAGAGCACAGGGCACGAUAAUCAUCCCCCUAGAUUGAUGCACGCUAGGGAUCGAUAAGCUGAUACUAUGCCCCGUGAUCGCUAGUAUUCUGAGAUCCAAAUUUUGUCAUAAUAACUACAUCUGAUUCUAUUCAAUCGACAUACCUUGUUUUGCCCGUGUUUUUAUAUUUUAUUAUUAUAAUUAUUUCUCUACAUAAUGUUGUGACAAUAUCCUAAUUUUUUUAAUAGAUCUUUUCUCCUCCUUUUUCUCCCUUUCUUCUAUGUAUUUAUGACACAGGCCUCCCAUGACAGGUGUACCUAACUUAUAUUAUGGGUUUAAUUACGAUUGACAAAACAAUUUUUUGUAUUAUAAUGAUAGAUGAUUACGAUGUUAGAAGAUUUAAGCUAUUUAUUCGGCUACUAUGUGAUUUGUUGGAAAUUAUUUUUGAGAGUUUUAGCCACUGUAGUAAUUGAUUUGAAUCAAUUCUGGCUGAUCACUGUAAGUUUAGUUAUACUUCCAUGAUUUUUAUGAUCGUGGAAAAAGCAUCACUGAACCCUUUAAAUUCUAUUCGCGUUGGUUUAUUGAUAAUCAAUACGUCACAUAGAACGAAUUAAAUGCUUAACACUUACUCAAGAUUGAAUAAAUUCUUGUAAUUAACGAUUAUUAGUAGCGUCAAAUAUUUUUUGUUUGUUCUGUGAUGUGUAUCAUACUUUGUUAAAUAGCUGCCUAAUGAUGUUUAUGGCAAGAGUUUGGAUUGUGCUUGUUUAAAUUUUAAAUCUGCUAAAACUUGUUGAAUGGUUUUAGAGAUAUUUUUCCUUUCGUUUCAUUUCGCAUCAAAUAAAGAUUAAGAACAUAGAAAUCACAGGGAAUUAUAGAAUCAUCAUAGUCUUCCAAUCACAUGUAAAAUGUCGAUUCGAGGCAAUUUUUUGGUCAUUUAAUUCUAAAAAAAUCAGAUUCAUUCAUUCCUCAAACUUCGGGAGCUCCCAAAUUAUACUCCGAAUCUAGAAGCACAAUAUAAGUAUAUUCUUUUAAUUCACGGCCAAUAACUCGAACGUUGUGUACAGGAUUUUCAAAUGAAAUUUCCGGCUAUGAUGGAAUACUGCUUAAAAUUUGAAAUAGCCUUGUACACAGCAUUUUAUAAUUCCCUUUCCCGUUCCUGAGUCUAUAACGAGGAUUGAGACAAUGAUGAAUAGAUUCGAUCUUGAUAACGAAAAUCGUAUAAUUAGACCGUAAUCCGGCAUCAUUAUGUUUUCCUUUCAAGUGGUUGAAAGGACUUGUUUCCAAGUGAAGAAACGAAAAUGCAAAAACUUGAAGGUGUUAACGUAAACGUAAUAAAAAGUAGCCUUAAUCAAUUUUUCGAGGGCAUCUUAUGCAAGGGCAUUGUUGUGAUACCACAGACGCAGCUUCAUGAAAUCUUCAAUAAAAAUAAUGUGUUGAUAA